AUGUCGUUCUCUGAAAGUGGCAGUUUGACAACACAUCGACGCACACACACUGGAGAAAAACCGUUCCCGUGUGAUGUAUGUGAAAAGUCGUUCUCUACAAGUGGCAAUUUUACGAAACAUCGACGCACGCACACUGGAGAAAAACCGUUCCCGUGUGAUGUAUGCGAAAAGUCGUUCUCUACAAGUGGCCAUUUGACAACACAUCGACGCACACACACUGGAGAAAAACCGUUCCCGUGUGAUGUUUGCGAGAAGUCGUUCUCUACAAGUAGCGGUUUGACAUUACAUCGACGCACACACACUGGAGAAAAACCGUUCCCGUGUGAUGUAUGCGAAAAGUCGUUCUCUACAAGUGGCCAUUUGACAACACAUCGACGCAAACAUACUGGAGAAAAACCGUACGCAUGCGAUGUUUGCGAGAUGUCGUUCUCUGAAAGUUGCAAUUUGACAACACAUCGACGCACACAUACUGGAGACAAACCAUUCACGUGUGAUGUUUGCGAGAAGUCGUUCUCUACAAGUAGCGGUUUGACAUUACAUCGACGCACACACACUGGAGAAAAACCGUUCCCGUGUGAUGUAUGCGAAAAGUCGUUCUCUACAAGUGGCUAUUUGACAACACAUCGACGCAAACAUACUGGAGAAAAACCGUACGCAUGCGAUGUUUGCGAGAAGUCGUUCUCUGAAAGUGGCAGUUUGACAACACAUCGACGCACACACACUGGAGAAAAACCGUUCCCGUGUGAUGUAUGUGAAAAGUCGUUCUCUACAAGUGGCAAUUUUACGAAACAUCGACGCACGCACACUGGAGAAAAACCGUUCCCGUGUGAUGUAUGCGAAAAGUCGUUCUCUACAAGUGGCCAUUUGACAACACAUCGACGCACACACACUGGAGAAAAACCGUUCCCGUGUGAUGUUUGCGAGAAGUCGUUCUCUACAAGUAGCGGUUUGACAUUACAUCGACGCACACACACUGGAGAAAACCCGUUCCCGUGUGAUGUAUGCGAAAAGUCGUUCUCUACAAGUGGCCAUUUGACAACACAUCGACGCACACACACUGGAGAAAAACCGUUCCCGUGUGAUGUAUGUGAAAAGUCGUUCUCUACAAGUGGCAAUUUUACGAAACAUCGACGCACGCACACUGGAGAAAAACCGUACGCGUGCGAUGUAUAUGCGACAUGUCGUUCUCUACAACUUCCAAUUUGA